GCCGCCGCCGCCCGCCGCCAUGCGGUUCCGCUUCGGGGUGGUGGUGCCGCCCGCGGGCGCCGGGGCCGCGCCGGAGCUGCUGGUCGUGGGGUCGCGGCCCGAGCUGGGGCGCUGGGAGCCGCGCGGGGCCGUGCGCCUGAGGCCGGCGGGCUCGGCGGCGGGCGGCGGGGCGCGGGCGCUGCAGGAGCCGGGCCUGUGGCUCGGGGAGGUGGAGCUGGCGCCCGAGGAGGCGGCGCGCGACGGGGCGGGGCCGGCCCGCGUGGGCACCUUCUGGUACAAGUUCCUGAAGCGGGAGCCCGGAGGAGAGCUCUCCUGGGAAGGCAAUGGACCUCACCACGACCGUUGCUGUACUUAUAAUGAAAACAACUUGGUAGAUGGUGUUUACUGUCUCCCAAUAGGACACUGGAUUGAGGCCACUGGGCACACCAAUGAGAUGAAGCACACCACAGACUUCUAUUUUAAUAUUGCAGGCCACCAAGCCAUGCAUUAUUCAAGAAUUUUACCAAAUAUCUGGCUGGGUAGCUGUCCUCGUCAAGUGGAACAUAUAACCAUCAAACUGAAGCAUGAAUUGGGAAUCACAGCUGUAAUGAAUUUCCAGACUGAAUGGGAUAUUGUACAGAAUUCCUCAGGCUGUAACCGCUACCCAGAACCUAUGACUCCAGACACCAUGAUUAAACUGUACAAGGAAGAAGGCUUGGUCUACAUCUGGAUGCCGACACCAGAUAUGAGCACUGAAGGCCGAGUACAGAUGCUGCCCCAAGCCGUCUGUCUCCUGCACGCGCUGCUCGAGAAUGGACACACCGUGUACGUUCACUGCAACGCCGGGGUCGGCAGGUCCACCGCGGCCGUCUGUGGCUGGCUCCAGUACGUGAUGGGCUGGAAUCUGAGGAAGGUGCAGUACUUCCUCAUGGCCAAAAGGCCAGCUGUGUACAUUGAUGAAGACGCACUGGCCCGGGCAGAAGAAGACUUUUUUCAGAAAUUUGGGAAGGUUCGUUCUUCCGUAUGCAGUGUGUAGGUGGCAUGUCUGCCUCCUUACCCUCCCAAUUUCUUUAGGAACCCGAUUUGCUUAGGUGAUAUUAGUAGAAUGACCUAGAGACAAUGAUUCCACCAGAACUUGGCUUUUCCCACAGCCCAUCCCCUUGAGUUUGGAGCUGGCUUUCUAUUAUGCUUUGGUUGGGGUGUAUUUUUCUUUGAAAUAUUUUGCAGUGGAAGCUGUGACUGACUGACCCACGAGAAAAAGCCACAAGCAAUUGGACUGUGCAGUGUUCUCGCAUUGGACAGAAAAGCAAUGUGUGCAGUUCCUCCUGCCUAUAGGCAGACCGGCCCUUGGCUUUACAGAUGCUGCAUUUUUGGGAUUAUGAAUUAAUGACUGCACCUUCUCAUUGCAUUGUAAUGUGACACACAGAACAAAAGAUGGGGGGAUACAUAGAUUUGAUCACUUGCAUAUUGAUAUACACACAUACACACAUAUGCGCAGCUUUUCUGCUCAGCUGAAUUGAAAUGAUAAAAUGAGAGCUGAUCAGUUGCCAAAGAAAGGAGUAUGGAUAGAAGCCUGAAGCUCCCAUGACUUGAAAGUGAUGGCUUUCUAGACUUUGUGUUGACAUCCUGCUUCCUACUUAUUCAAGUCAGUUCCUGGGCAUCACCUUUUCUACCCACAACCCUGCGUGCCAACCACAGUAGAGUUAUUGUCCCUUUCUUUGGUUUAAUUGAGGCUCAUUGAGGUUAGACAGCUUGCUCAAGGUCUCAUGGCUAGUCAGGGACCAGCCAGUGUUUAAAAUUCACGUUUAUGUGACUCAGUGCUUUCAACACAACUUAUGGUUUUUCCAGCAUUAUGUAGUGGAUUCAUAAUGUAGUGUUUCUCCCUCUUAGAGUAAGGUCAGUUUUUCUGCAGCACUUUCUAUGGUGAGAAAUGGAAGAGCAUUCUGAUUAGUUGCCAAGGAAUUUAGGAAAGUAGUUAUAUUUUGUGCAACCUAAUUUAAAACAUGAUGGACUGUGUCAACACCCAGGUGGUCUGAGACAUAGCUCAUGAGAGGGGCUGUCCUACUAGGAAAGCCCAAAUCUGUAGAUAUUGUUGCACAGCUUAGAAGCUAUCCUGUUUCAGCCCUCAAUUUAAAACAAUACACAGUUACUGUGCCUCCAGAAUAUGUGGCUCACUAUCCUAGGUUCCAUAAGAAAUAUAGACAUGAAUAAGUCUUUGCCUUCAAAAAGCUCACAGCCCAGAAACAGCCCAGGGUUCAAUCAACCAUACUGCAGGACUGAACUAUGAAUGCUAUGCCAGAAUAGAGGAAGGAGAAGUAGGUGUAUUGGGUGCUUCAUAUGUGCCAGGCGCUUUACAAUUUUAAUUUAACCUUCACAGUACUCUAUGAAGCUGUUUCAUUACCUCUGAUACCUAGAGAGAAAACCAAAGUUCAGAGAGUUCAGUCAACUGCCCAGGAUCACAUGGUGAAGAAAUAGAUGAACUGAGAUACAAAGCUAGAUUCGUCUAAUUCAGCACCUGUGCUUUUCCUAUUAAACUGUAAUACCUGCUUA